AUGGCCACACUUACCCCCCAGGAAGUCGAAACACUAUCCUCAAAAGCCGAAGCAGCAAAGGCAGCAGCCUACUGCCCUUACUCAAAAUUUCGCGUCGGCGCUUGCCUCCUCACCGAGACUGGUGAGUACAUUGCAGGGGCGAAUGUCGAAAAUGCCUCAUACCCUGUCGGCACAUGUGCUGAGCGAGUGGCGUUUGGCACUGCUGUUGUCGCCGGCCAGCGAAGAUUCAAGGCGAUCGCCGUGGCGACCGAUAUCAGUCCUCCAGCCUCGCCAUGCGGAAUGUGUAGACAAUUUAUGAGCGAGUUCACGUCGCCCUCUUUCCCAGUCUACAUGUAUGACAAGGACAUGAAUUGCACUAUCACCACGAUUGGUCAGCUGCUUCCGAGCUCCUUUGGACCGGAUGACUUCAAUAAUAUUUGA